AUGGCUUUUGCACGUCAUCUACCNGUUGAUAUGUCUCUUUUGCGUCUCCAAGACAAGCACGUGGUGAAGGCAAUUUGGGAAGGAACUGAAAGAGUUCUUCGACCGAGAAGACAUGCAAUAUGGAUAUCAAAGCAUGUGGACGAGCUCGAUGAAAGAGUGAUGAACAUCCUACAAGCAACCGGAUUUGACCAUAUUUUAAAAGUAUCAAAUAUGGAAAUAAAUCACGUACUAGUCACUGCUUUGGUGGAAAGGUGGAGAAUUGAGACUCAUACUUUCCACUUCCCUGUAGGAGAAAGUACAAUAGCACUCGAAGACGUCGCACUCCAACUAGGUCUUCCGAUUGAAGGUAAUGUUGUGACUGGCUUGAGCAGUGGACCUCUACAUUUAUUUUGUGAACAACUACUAGGACAACUUCCUCCAGAAAAUACCGUGAGAGGCAACAGAAUCAAAUUGUCGUGGCUGAAUAAUACGUUUCGCCAAUUACCUUAUGAUGCAACAGAUGUGGUUGUUCAACAAUACGCUAGAGCGUACAUUUUGAUCGUGAUUGGCAGCAUACUAAUGCCAGAUACAUCUGCGAGUAUGGUACAUUUGAUGUAUCUUCCACUUUUAGCCGACUUGGACAACGUUAGAAGCUAUAGCUGGGCAUCUGCAGCUCUUUCGUGCUUGUAUCGUGCCCUUGAUCAUGGUACAAGACUCGAUCAGGACAAUAUCAGAGGCUGCAUGAUAUUGUUAAGUCUUGGGCAUGGGAAAGAAUAA